AUGCACGUACCAAUUGCUGUCGCUGUUCUCUUGUACAGCCUUGUCACACUGGCGCAGCAAUCCCAGGUGUCUGGAUCCUUAGGAACAGUCACUCUUUCACCUUCACCAUCUCUUCCGAGCGGAGUGGCGCAAACAGUCGACCCGGCUUUCCCUGGGCUUGCAUUUGAGGCGAGAUCAUUUUGGUGUUAUGCAGGCACAGCUGGACAACCCAACAAGUUCUCCCUGAACCUGUUACGAACUAUCGCCGACAAGACCAAGACCAAGCCCGUCAUUCGUGUUGGGGGAACCUCACUGGAUCAUUCACUGGGCUAUGACCCAGACCAGCCCACGGCAAUCCACGUCCCCGAGGGUCAACCUGCCGGUAUUCCCAGUAACAUGACCUUCGGCCCGUCGUACUUCGAAUCGUUCACCAACUUUCCAGACGCGGGGUACAUCCUCGACAUCCCUUUCUCAUACAAGAAUCACACAAACUCGCUCCAUUUCAUCGACGUGGCAUAUCGCAAGAUAGGAGCAGGCCACAUCUACGCACUGGAAUUGGGAAACGAAGUCAACCUCUACAGACAGCCAUUGGACUGGAGCAUCGCCGACUAUGUGUCUCAGUGGACCGUAUGGACAAGUGACAUCGCGGCGAGCCUCGGCGUUGGGAAUGAUACCAGAGUCUGGCAAGCAGCCGCCACCUCUGUCAAUCCGCUGCUUUCAGGCUAUCAACCGGACAAUUCAUGGCAGAUUCCGACCAUCUUCAAGAAUGGCGCCCUCGUCAAAGACCGUCACCACCAUUAA